AUGGCAAUCGAAGGGGAAACAAUUGUGUUGACGUGUAGAGUCUGGUAAGCUAUGUACGUUUCUGGGUGUUCACUAAUCCUAUCAUCGAACACCCUCCCCCCUAAACAACCACCCCUAUUUUGUAAUAUGUCGCACAUGCUCAAUUGAAAGUCAAUUUAUUUUUUAUAGAUAUUUUAUUGAUAGCUUAUUUUAAAACAAUGAUGUACUCGCCCCAAAAAUUGUUUAAAGAAAAAAAAAGAACAAACAAACAAAACAACUUAUUGAUUAUCAAGAUUCCAAUUUUUUUUCAAUUAUUUUUAUAUUUUUAAUUUUUUUUCGUGAAUAGUGAAUAUCAAACUACUACAUUUCUUCACAUAACGAGGCCAGUUAUCGGCUGGAUAUAACAUGACGAGAUGAUUGUAUGGAUUGAAUUGGACAUUUGAUUCCAUCAGCUUAAACAGCACAUAAUGUUUUCAGUCUUUUAUGUCCCCGAGUAUUUGUUGCUCCCUCCAAAACUGGUCUGUUUCUAGGCAUUAGGUGAACCGCUGUGUUCUUUAGUUACCUGAGUGAACGCUGCCAUUCUUAACAGUUUUGGCCCUUUGUUCGAACGGACGUGUUAUUGUGGUUGUUUUUUUUCCAAGAUAAUCAAUGACGUCAUUUCCGUAUCCAAUGUGCCUUCGUUCGGAUAUUUUUAUCCCGCCACUUUUUUCCAAGAUGUCGGGGUUGAAUAUUUGCUUUUAAAAACGGUAAUGUUAAUAUGUUACUCUUGCAAUGGGUUCAGAACACCACUGGCUUGACACUCUUGAGACGGUAGUGUGUCCCCAAUAAAACUGUAUACUCGUAUUCCUUAAGUCAAUCUCCCCAUGGGAAAUCAGAGGGGGGGGGGUUCUUUAACACAACGUAUUUUAGUUGAAUGUCACAAUCGAAUCACAAACUCAGCAUUUCCGCCGAUAAAUGUUGCCAUUAAAAUUCCAUUUUCACCCAUCAAGUUACCGGCCAGACGUCGCGCAGAUGUCACAGAGGGCAGUCUGGCAGGUAUUGAAGCACGAGGAUACGGCCCUAGAGGUCAUCGUUCCCGGUGACAGGCACGAGGUCAAGCAGGACAACUCGCUCACCAUCAACAGUGUGGACGUCAAUGACGCAGGUGAGCCGAAAAUUAUAAACUGGCCAGGUACAUACAGACACUGAUAGGAAGUGCAAGGAAGAUUGGUGGUACAAGGGAGAUUUGGGAGUACAAGGAAGAAAGAGGGUACAAGGAAGAUAAAAGGUACAAGGACGAUGGGAUGUACAAGGUAUAUAGGAGGGACAAGGAAGAUAAGACGCAAGGAAGAUAGGUGGUGCAAGGGAGAUUGGGGGUACAAGAAAUAUAGGAGGUGCUAGGAAGAUUGGAGAUAUCAUGAAGAUAGGAGGUACAAAUGAAGUUAAGUGGUACAAGGAAGAUGGGAGGUACAGGGAAGAUUGGUCGUACAAGGAAGAUAGGGAGGUACAAAGGAAGAUAAGGGGUACAAGGGAGAUAGGGGGUACAAUAAAGAUAGGAUGUAUCAACGGGGUAUCAAGAACUCAUAUUUUCUACUCAUAUUAAUACGUUUUAUAAAUGUCUCUUUUACUUUACUGUAAAGCAAAAUAUAUCUCCCCCCCCCCACCACCUCUUCCGCUCUUAAAAAUAAUUAGACACCAAAGAUUCCCACUGACGUUUCUCUCAGAUCAUGUCACUUUACUAAUUGCAUCCCUCAAUAUUUUGUACUCUUUUUUUAUAAAUGUUCAAUAACCACACCUUAACAUUUUACAUUAGUAAUAUUAUCAUCGAGUUUUUGCAGCUCAGUUUGACACAGAAAUUUCAGUUUUAUAGUAUAGGUACGAAUGUACAGGUACCCCAACUAUUUCAAUGUGCAGCAGCCAAAAACUCUUAGUUAUUCUAAACAGUAGAGGAUUGCCCUGUCCAUGAAACCAUAUCAAUUAUUACCAUGUCCAUGAUGACCUUGUCCAUGAUUAUUAUACCAUGUUCAUGAUUACCUUAUCUAUGAUUACCAUGUCCAUGAUUACCUUGCCCAUCAUUACCAUGUCUAUGAUUACCUUGUCCAUGAUUACAAUAUCCAAGAUUACCGUGUCCAUGAUUACCAUGUCCAUAGUUACCUCGCCCAUUCCGCUAACACGACCUAACAUGUGUUCCAUUCUCUAUGUUCAUGUUAUGCAUUACCCCCACCAGGUCAGUAUUUCUGUGUUGAUGACCGGGACUAUGCUGCCGUCUACCAGCUGGACGUGUUUCUAACUGACCACAGGAAGCACGUGAGUUAGUGGGGGGGUGGGGGAGGGGGGGUUGUUGUUUUUUUUAACUCACUCACAGUUCCUACCGUGAUGGCUGUAUAAAUCGAUAGCACAACAUGUGUUGCUUCUAGUUCAAGACUUAUUAAUAGAUUUCUCAACCAAUGUCCACAUUCAUACAUUGAUCAACCUAUGUCCAAAACAAUAUCUAUAGAUUGACUAAGCAUCUUCGAAGAAUGCAAACAAAAAUAUUAAACGCCCAUUUUAUUCUUUUUUUUAAUGUUGGCAUCGCCAAUUAUUAGAUCUUAAUAUAUCCAAGCAUAUAAGCAAGCUUAGAUGAACACCUGUGAAUUUUUAUGUUAGCUGAUGUUUUUAUCCAUGGAUCAGUACCUGUUAUAUGAUACCUGAUGUUUGUAUCCUUGGAUCAGUACCUGUUAUUUGAUACAUGAUAUUUGUAUCCAUGGAUAAUUACCUAUUUUAUGUUAGCUGCUGUUUGUAUCCAUGAAUCAGUACUUGUUUUAUGUUAGCUGCUGUUUGUAUCCAUGAAUCAGUACCUGUUUUAUGUUAGCUGCUGUUUGUAUCCAUGAAUCAGUACCUGUUUUAUGUUAGCUGCUGUUUGUAUCCAUGAAUCAGUACCUGUUUUAUGUUAGCUGCUGUUUGUAUCCAUGAAUCAGUACCUGUUUUAUGUUAGCUGCUGUUCGUAUCCAUGAAUCAGUACCUGUUUUAUGUUAGCUGCUGUUUGUAUCCAUGGAUGAGCCCCUAUGGAAAUGUUGCCUUAAUAUCUUUGCCGCCAAGUACUUUGAAGCUAAUACAGAUCAAGACGCCAAUUGCUAUUCUUCAUUUCUAGAUCAAACCUGGCCAAGACGUUCCCCAAGAAGACGUGUACCUGAUCAACAGGAACCUGCACGUGUUCACCAUGUGGGCCACGUGGUCCGACUGUAACACGUGCGACAGGUCUGGACAGAGAACUCGUGUUGGACAAUGCACUGUCAAG